AUGAAGCCCGAAAGCUCCAAUGGCGGCCAACGUUGCCAUCUCGAAAAGGCCAAUACUGACAGUUGGCAAGAACCUCCCAAGGAUGUAAUGGAGAUGAUCUUGGACCAGCGGAAAGUCACCUUCGACGACUACUUAAGUUUGUGCGGCGUCUGCAAACCAUGGAAACAGCUGAUCAAACAAACGGGCAUCCACUUCCAGCUCGCUUCUUCCCCGCCAUGGCUGAUGCUUCCUCCAACCUCAAAAGACGACCCCGACUUGCGAUUCUUCGACGUGGAAACCGGCACAAUCUAUCGCUUCAUCAACGUGCCGGAGCCGAUCAGAGGAGGCCAGUGCUGCGGAUCCUCAAAAGGUUGGCUGGUGAUCGCCAAGGAUCAAGAAUCGAUCUUUCUGUAUAACCCGGUUUCCCGGGUUCAUCACCGUCUUCCUCCGGUAGAAUUAUUGGCGGAAGAUUGUUUUGACGAGCAAAAGAGUAGUUACUAUGCGAUCAGACAACACAUGGGUCGUAUCGAGUUAUCAUCAUCGGAUAUUCAUUCAUGCACCAUUGCUGCAAUUCAUGCUCGUGGUACUAAGCUGGCGAUUUGUCGACUAAAUGACAAUACAUGGACUUUUCUGAAAGAAUCCGACGAACUCGAUCUUUCUUCUGCAAAUCCUGAGGAUUCCGACUGUGACCAACACAACUUUGAAGACAUUCUGUUCUCUGAAGAUGGACAUGAGUUGCACGUCUUGUGUGGUAUGAAUAAUCAAACUUAUUCUACCGUCCAACAGGACACCAUUACUUUAUCUGAUAAUGCAGUCAUAAAUUUGAAGUUAAUUCCAAACAAAAGAACGUUGUACUGGAAUCGUCUUCGUAGUAUGGGUUCAACCAAUGGCUUCAUGAGCAUUACACCACAUCUGGUAAAAUCCAACAAUGGCGAGUUACUGUUAGUCGAGAAGCGGACAGAUACUCUGUCGUUUGACAACGAGAGUCUGCCAUAUCAUGAAGCCAAUAGAGCCAAAGUAUACAAGGUCGACGAAAGCAGCGGCGAGUUAACUGAGGUGGAGAAUUUGGGUGAUCAAGCGUUGUUUGUGGGUAGAACUGGUUCAACAUCAUUUUCAUGGAACGAGUUAGAGGAUGGAGAGAGGAGAAAUUUGAUCUACUUUGAAGAGAAUUUGGGUUACUUUCAGUAUCUUCUUGAUUCCUUUAUCGUGCCUUGGAUCGGCGAAGAAGAAGGAGUUAUUCCACCUGUUUGGUUUUCAGCCGAUCUCAGUCCUCUCCAAUGUGUUCUGCAUUGGUUUUCACCUUCGCUCCAUUAA